GAAACGUACUUGUUCUUACUUCCUUUUCGGUUCCUGCAAAGCAGAAGCACAGAGGCUUUAAAAGUCCUGCGUGGCCAAAGAGGUCGACUUCAGCCUCUGAACCCUCACCGCAGCAGGGCCUGCUGACACCAUGGACCCCAGCGACAGUGUGGUAGACGGAGGUUUUCUGAUUGCCCAUCAGACGCACGACGGAAAGCAUCAGUAUCAAGUGGAAAAUGUGGUGAAGAGACAAAAAGGGACCUGGAAAAAGACGUUUGUCAGGAAAGGAGACAAACUAAUGCAGAUUAACGGCAUGGACCUAGAGGACUUCCCCCCUGAGGAGCUGGCACACAUGUUAGCUGAAGGAAAUGCAAUGCUGACAGUUCAUAAGCCUGGAAAGAAAGAGGAGCAGCCCCCCGAGGGUGAAGACAUCUUACGCCCCUUCUCCAAGGAGACCGUCACCCUGAGCUUUAGCUGGGAGAUGACCAGAGAGGAGGCGUCGGAGGACAAGGGAGAGAGGCAGGAGGCAGAGGACAAGGAGGGAGGGGAUACGCAGGAGGAGUGCAAGGAGGGAGGUGAUCUGCUCAUCAUCGAGAUGACGAAAACCAGCAUCUCCUUAGUGAAUGGCAGGAGCUGCGAUCCAGAGAGUCCCUGUCAUGGCUGUAACAGCACCGGCUGCGCCUUCAAUGACAUUGUGCUCGUUUCUGAAACCAGCAAGGUGACGCUGGUUCCUAGAGGAGGUGGCAGUUUCAAACAGGAAAAGCUAUUGAACGCGCUGGUGGAGCAUAUUCCCUCUCACCGAUACAUCAGAGGAGCCUGUUCGCAGAGAGCUGUCUAUGCCUCACCAAAUCCAGAGAUGAUCACCAUCUACCGCUACAAGUCAAACUUCCUGGACAAGUGCUUUGUUGGAGUACCGGUGGUGCUAAACCUCACCGGGUCCAGCUGCUUCCUCAGGUGCUGCAAGUCGGACUGCAAGGUGCUCCUACAGGUGGAGGUAUGUGAAAAGCAGAAGCUGAAACAGAUUUCCAAGAGCGAUGAGAGCGCCCUCUCCUACGUCUUCUACAUGAAGGGAGACCGGUCGGGUCACCGCACUUUUGAGUCGGCGCUGCACAAAGGCUGGUUCAUCCACGUCGUCAACACGGACCGUGUGGAGGUGAGAAGGUCGGACACAGACAUUGAGGAGCGGUCCUUCCUCGUCAUCAUUCAGAAGUGAAAUCAGAAGUCUGUUCCUGAAAUAAAACUUAAGUUCUCAAUCAAGUCAAGCUUUAAGUUAUGUUACUUUAAAAAAGCCUGAAUGGUAUUUUUUUUUUUUUUAAAAAAAAAAGGAUAGAAAAAUGAGAGGAUAUGUUUUGUAUUACUAAUUAUUAUUUACAAAAAAUAAAAAAUAAAAAUAAAAAACAAUGUUCAUGUUUCAAAGAUUCUGCUAUUGCAGAAAACUAUGAAAAAAAUAGAAAACUGUUUGUUUACUUUUCUGGCUGAAUGUGUGUCCUGUACAAUCUUAUAGUCAUGAAGCUGAACAUUUUGAAAGUUCAACUGAAUGAAUGUACAAUGUACAUAUUAAAUAUAUAAGAAGCAAAAUGACAUGCUAUUUACAUUUUAACUGAAGUAUUAAAUCAAACAAAAAUCUGGAUGAUUCAUGCUAAAUGAGGUUGAAAUGAUUUUACUUGCAUUUUUCUCACAGACUAAAAAUGACUUUUCAAGUUUUCAAUCAUAUUGUCUAGAUAUAGAAAAUGUAUUUGGGCAUAAAUGUUGCAAAAAUAAAACAUAUAGAAUUGUAAGUGUUAUUGCUACAAUAUAAAAUUAAAACUUAUUGGCUUCGAUAAACUGAGUAUUGCUCCUUGAAUAAAGUGUGAAUCUCUCCAUGGAUGGAUGGAUGGAUGGAUGGAUGGAUGGAUGAUAUUUGAAAAUGCCUUAAAGUAUCUUUUUUUUAAAGUUGGUUGUCUACUUUUCAUUUUAUUGUGACAAAAGAAUGAAUCAACUGAAUUCACACAUGUUGAGAUUGGAAAAGCUUCUUCUGAAUCACCUUUAUU